AUGGGCUGGACGCAGCCACUUUCGCGUAAGCGGUGCGGGCCGGGCGGCCCGGCCGCCGCAAGUGCGGGCCCUGCGCAGCGGGGGCUGGCUAGGGCCGCAGUCGAGGCCCCCACCGGGGGGCCUUUCGGGGUGGCGGCGUGGCAGCAGCAGGCCAGGGCCGCACCUACGGGCCCACUCGCGGGGCCUUUUGGAGCGGCGGCCGGGGCGGGCUGCCCGGCUGCCGCUGUGCGGGGGUGUGGCAACAGCCACCCGCGCCCGUGGCUCAGGCCUGCAGAGGGGUCUCUGCUUCCCUGCGGCGGCAUCGGACGGGCCGCCUGGCCGCUGCACGCACGGGCCCGGCAUGGCUGCGGCUGGCUCGGGCUGCAGCCGAGCACACGCCGGGGGGCCUUGCAUGGGGCCUUGCAUGGUGGCCGCGCCUGGCCGAGGCCAGGGCGCCGCCUGAGCAGGGCCGGCGGGGCCGGCCCGGGCCUUAGUCUCAAGCCUCGCGGCAGCCUGUCAGGGCGGUGGCACGGGGAGAGCCGCCCGGCCACCUCACAUGCUGGCGCGCCAGUGGCCGGUCUACACCCAUGGCCCCUGGCCCACGGGGGGCCUGUCCCGGUCGCAGCGCAAGGUGGGCUGCCCGCCUGCGGCCAGAGCUGGGCGGGCGCGCUGCCUGGCCACCGCCCUGGGAUCCGGCGAGGCUGCAUCCGACGCGGGGGGCUUUUGUUCAGCAGUGGCACGCACGAGCGGGCAGGCAUGGCCUCCAAGGGGGCUGACACCGUGCGGUGCCAUGCCGUCCUGACCCGGCAAUGCCCCUCUGAGCGGGGGCGCAGGAGGGCUGCUCGGCCGCCGCCCAUCGGGGCCAGAGCAGCCUCUGCCGGCCGACGUUCGGGCCGACAAGGGACAUCUCGGAAGCGGCGCCAGACCGCCCAGAGCCCCCGCGUGGUGGCCUUUCCUGGGUCAACUGCCACAGUUCUGUGUGGCAGCAAGCGCUGCGGCCCCAGCUCGGUGCAGGGCACACUCGGCGGCAGGCCGUCGCCGGGUCACCGGUGCUUUUCUGGCACCGGGCCUCUCAGGCAAUCGGCUCAGCUGCUGAGAGGCCUGCAGCAUGCCCCCGGCCCCGGGGGGCUUAUCACCAUUGGGGCAGCAUUGGCGGCUGACGGGGCGGCCUGGCGCCAGGUGCCAGGCCAUGCCCGGCAGGCUCAGCAGUUAUGGCCAAGGGGGCGCUGCCCCAGGCAGGCCUUCCUUGACGGCCGCACCCGGCAGCAUGCCGCAGACCGCCUCGCACGGCGGGCUUUCUCCGCCUGCGCAGGCGGGAAGUUUCCUGGUGGUAGCGCAAAGGGGAAAAGCAGCACCCGAGGCCGCUCGUCAGCUCUGUUUUGGGUAAGUCCGGGGCCGGGGGAGGCCCCAGUGGGGGCAGCACUAGCCGGCCCGGGCGAGGGAGCCGAUCGACGAGUGCCGCUGGCAGGCGUCACCCGCUGCCAGGAGAAGCCGGCCAAGUACGCAGUUACCAUUGGACUUUGGGAGGCUGUGAGUUCACAGAGGUGGUGCAGGCAGCUUACCCCGAGGGUGCCCAGUGCCCGUCAGGCGAAGGAGGGAGGUCAUGCGCCUCUAAGACGCAGCGAGCGAAGAGGACACACAAGAAACAAGACGGCACAACCGGAAGGAGACACCCAGCAACGAGAUUACACGUGGGGCCAGCCAGACAGCUUGGGAGGACUGCAGGCAAUCAACAGCGGAGGCAUGGGGGGAGCGUGCCAGGGCCGCGGCGUCAAGGCACAAGCAUCACGUGGCGAGUCGCCACUGCAGCGAGUCGAUGCAAGGAGGCAGCGCUUGAUCAGGUGCUGCCGGGAUGACAUGGGGCCAGGUGGCCAGGUCCGCCACCCACGGAGGGACAGCCCCAGCUGCUCCGGAACCCCUCUGGGCUCGUCUGGAGGCGAUGGCGGGAGCAGAGCCAGGGGGCGAGGGGGGCCAGAUCGCCGGCGGCAGGGUCAGGGCGCUGCCGCUGGUCCGCAGAAGCAAGUCGAUCAGUGCGGGAGACUGUGGUCUCGCGCCCGCACGGCAGCCCCUCGACAGCGCAGCAGCCUGGGCCACAGCAGGGACGUUACUGGGUGGCUGCCACUUUCCCUCGGGGGGGGCUCACAGAGGCUUCGGAUUUCGUGCGUGGGCCUUCAGGUCGCCACAGAUGGGCCCAACUUCAGGGGUGCGGGACAUGCCGGCCGCGUUGGCGGCCAGGAGCGAAUGGGAAAACAGGCAGGGCGCAUGGCGGGCCCCCCCCGACUCACCCCUGGGAACUAUCGGGGAAUCCCCCUGGCGGGGGACGGAGCAAGUACACCUCGUACGGGGGGCCUGGGGCGGCACCUCUCGGCCGCUGCAGAUCCACCCAAAGGCUGGGGGCCCCUCCCGGGAGCCCCAAAAUUCCUAGGCAAAGAGCGGGGGGUCAAGGCCAUGCCAUGGGGCCGCGCGGUGGCCGUGGCGACUGUAGAGGCCUUUGGUGCAAUCCUUGAGCGGGCACCAAAGGACAUGGCACCCCCCCUCGCUCACCCUUCAUGGCCGGAAGGGGCAAUCGAGCGGGGUGGGAGCCGCUAG